GAAAAGCGUUGUGCGCAGGCGCGGCACUGACAGCCGCUCUCUACCUGAUCCGCAGAGUGUGUGUAAUAAUGGCCUGGAAAUCUGGAGGAGCUAGCCACGCAGAGCUCGUCAACAAUCUCCGCAAAAAUGGAAUCAUUAAAUCAGAUAAAGUCUAUGAGGUUAUGUUGGCUACAGACCGGGCACAUUACUCCAGAUGCAACCCCUAUAUGGAUUCUCCACAGUCAAUAGGUUACCAAGCAACCAUCAGUGCUCCACAUAUGCAUGCGUACGCUCUGGAGCUCCUGCAUGACCAGCUGUAUGAGGGGGCGAAGGCUUUGGAUGUGGGCUCGGGCAGCGGUAUCCUGUCUGUAUGCUUUGCCAGAAUGGUUGGUCCCAAAGGUAAAGUAAUAGGAAUCGAUCACAUUAAGGAACUGGUGGAUGACUCGGUAAACAAUGUGAAGAAGGAUGAUCCCAGUUUAAUAUCGUCAGGUCGAGUCAAGCUCAUUGUGGGAGAUGGGAGGAUGGGACAUACAGAGGAAGCACCAUAUGAUGCCAUUCACGUCGGGGCGGCCGCUCCCACGGUCCCACAGGCACUCUUGGACCAGCUGAAGCCAGGCGGCAGGUUGAUUUUGCCCGUCGGUCCGGCCGGCGGGAACCAGAUGCUGGAGCAGUACGAUAAGAUGGAGGACGGCAGCACCAAAAUGAAGCCCCUGAUGGGAGUGAUUUACGUGCCUUUAACUGACAAAGACAAGCAGUGGUCCAGGGACGAGCUGUGAUGCGGCUGAAAGGCAAUACUCAACCACUCAUCGUGAACUCUUGGAUAUGCUUCCUGGCUCCAGCUUUCCUGUUGCUCAUUGGAUAUCAGUCAAAAUGUAAAAAACAAAACAAAACAAGCAAACACAACAAACAACAGCCAAUAGGAUAUCUGUUUUUUUUCUUCACUCUUUCUCUCUCUGUCUGUUUCUCAGAGACAGGUAGACAUUUGUGUGACUGAAGGAACCCCCAGCAGUGUAAAAUGAAUAGACUGAUUUAUUUAAUGAAAAAAAAAAAAUGUGUGAGGAAUUGGGGGUUUUGUCUG